AUGUCAAAAUCGAACAUUACUAGUCCUUUAGGAUUGAAUUUUCGAUCCUUCUAUUCUUUAGGAAGUCACGUGUCAAUCAGCCCGGACGGUCAGAAAAUUGUCACUUUUGAACCUGAGACCAAAGAGUUUAAAAUAUUUGAUGUCCAUAAUACAACACAACAUUCCUCAAAGUUCACCUACAACACCGGAGAAUCCAACUCGAAUCAAACAACUUGUUGGUCUCUAGCCAUCUCCAAUUGCACAGAAGACACUGACCGCCUCAUUGCCUUGUCCCGAUUUGAUCCAUGUGAUAUAUUGCACAAAGAUAGUUCCGAAUCAUCGCUGGUUGAUGAGGAGAUGGGAACAACGACGCCCUUUGUCGCUCCUAGGACUUGGAUCUUCUCGGAAUCCACUAAAACCGAGAUCCCAAAUUCCUUUCAAAAUAUCGGUGGCAUAGUUAGAUUUUUAGAAAAUGAUAUGGAAAUAGCUGAUCAAACACAAAUUGUCGCGAUAAAUGCUUCCGGAAUAUAUAAAGCAACCAUUAAAACCAAAAUUUCAAACAUCCAUAAACAUUUUUACGUACCGACUUUCCUGCAUCAGAAUAAAUCCGGUUCAAUUGAACAUUUUUAUUUGCCCAGACAACUCUCCAUCAAUCUUUCGUCUUUGGACAGAUGGGAAAGCGGAUUUAUGCUACUCCAUACAAGCAUCAUAAGGAACCAUUUCCUGAUCUGCGACUACAAGAAUCAACACCAAGCUGUGGAAAUGUACAGUUUGAUCACAGGGGACCUAGAAAUGGUAUUUCGAAAACGUGAACCACCAAAUUCUCCUGAUGUUCCCAAGGGGAAACGAAUUUUCGCAAUAUCUAAAAAUGAAGCGAUGCUCGCAUUCUGUCGCGGAACCAGUGCUAUCACGAUAUAUUUGAUGGAAAAUGGGCUGGAAGUUAUCACAAAGGAAGUGGAGAAACAAGGUUUCGUUAAAAUCGUGUCACUCGACUUUGUCGCCGAUGACAAUAAGUUGUUGAUUGUCUUUGAAAACGAAGGGGAAUGUGAGAAAGGAGAAAAUGAAAACCGUAACGUGUUCAUCGUUUGGGAUCUUUUCAGCACAUCGGAUAACGCGAUCCGGGAGGUUGUUUUUCCGGAAACACAUAAUUUUCUGCUAAACAUUAACGCCACCCAUCGACUUACGAACCCACAAGGACGAAUUCUGACCGUCACAAAUUGGGAUGGAGUAUUUCCUCUGUCCGAACAACCUGAUAUCGUUGACAUACUGAAUCACACCCCAUCUCCUGAGCUCGUUGAUCUCGAUCUUUCGGCUCUUGAGGACAACUCCAUCGAUCACCUUAUAUUUGAUCUCGGUGGAAAAAGGGAUAAGAAUGCAUCCGAAGUGAUCAUUAAUGAAAUUGAACCUUGGCAUCAUGACGAAAAAUAUUUGCGCAUAUUUGCCAAUCUCGAUGAUCCCGACAAGACCCAACUAAUAAUUGGUCCUAACACAGUCCAAGUGUGGAAAAUAAUCCAGGAUAAAAGAAUCCUUGAAUUUAUCUGGUCGAAGAAAAGCAUUGGAAAAUCGAGAAUAUGUAUUAACCGACUUCAAAUUGGUCGUCGUGAAUUUGUCCUGACAUUGUCGACUCCUUCGUCAAAGAAGGGUGAUGUCUCUAAAACACGCACUAUACAUUGGCCAAAUAACGAAAAUACAUUGAAGAGCGCCUGUCGUGCGCUAAAAUUUUUGGUGAACAAGAAAAAAGAAGCCACCGGCAACUGCAAUGCAAAUAGAUGCGAAUAUUUGAUCAAGGAGACACAAAGGUUAAUUGGAACCUUCAUUAAAAAGCAUAGUCUUUUUCGUUCGAUCGAUAUUCGAUACAACAUUAUGAAAGAUCUUAUCGAAGCUCAACAAGAACCGCUAAUUAGAAACAUCUUGUCCAAAGAUAUCGAAGGCACGAAUGGUCGCUUACAUAUCCCAAGGUUAUACGAGUGGAUCAAUUCACCAUCGAACAUUGAUGGUAACUCAACGUAUGCUCCGAAAUUGAGAUCAAAGGUGUUAACAGAUUUGCAAUGUGCUAUUGAGAAGGCCAAGAAUUCCGUCAGCUCUGCAAAGAUUGUCGAACAUCUACUUGAAUAUUAUACCGACAAUGCCGGUGAUUUUAAUAAUCCCGGAUGGAUGUUCACCGUCACCGGUGCAAUCCCGUACUUGUACAGGCAUGAUUUAGGUAAGCAUUUCUUUAGCGGGAAACCAUGUUUCGGAACCACAGAAGCGUAUUCACCACCUCUCCACAUCAGGCCCGAGGAACAAAAAGCCGGAAACAAUACGGAAUCCGUAUAUGUUGUUAACGCGAGGCCAGGACUGGAGCGUAAACCCGAGGUCAAUAUCCUGGAGCAUCACGAGAAGGACCCCGACUUUUACAAUGUUCCAUCAAUGGACGCAGUAACAGAUUUUAAAUGGACCAAUGCCAAGGAAUACUUUGCUCGUCAAGUUACAAUAUAUAUUUUAUUCGCUAUUUCGUUCGCCAUCAGAUCGAUACUUUACAUUGCUGACGCUCCGCUACAGGCGCUUUAUGAUGGAUUCCCGUACUCUGGCACGAUUUACGCGGCGGCGUUCUUCUCUGUGAUCUAUUUUGGAUAUUACCUGUUGGCAACGGAAAUUAUACAGAUAAAGCGCAAUGGAUUUGCCAAAUAUAACAACUUUUAUAAUGUUUUUGAUUUGGUAUCAAUACUGGCUCCCUUAAUAACAAUAGCCAUUAAAGAAGUGCCGAUCAACAUUGCGUCAGAAACUUUUCAAAUUAUCUUAGCAUUCACGGUUUUGGUCAUGUGGAUGCAAUUGCUAUUGCUGAUGCGAUAUUUUAAAUAUGCGGGACACUACAUUUACAUCAUCAUCCACAUCUUAAACACCAUCUGGCCAUUCCUGGCGUUCAUGUUGAUUGUUGUGGUUGGAUUUGGACAUGCAAUGUUCGUCUUGUUACACAAAGCAGACCCAUCCUCGCUCGUGGUUGAUACUUACGGUAUUGUCAACCCCAAUAACAUCACAGACAACCUCUUCCCCGCGGUUUUCUUUUGGACCAACGGGCGUUGGGAUCAGAUCGGUCAAUGGAACAAUUAUGCGCUCGACGUGAUGACCAUUUUGGGUAGCCUUGUGCUGGUGCUUAUUUUUCAGAAUAUGCUGAUUGCAUUUAUGAACGGAGCAUUUGAUUCUGCCUACGAACACGGUCGCAACGCCGUGCAAAAUUUCCGAGCCGAUCUUAUUUCCGAAUAUGAGACUCUAGAAAAACCAUUCCGUCAUAAAUUUCGAAAUCCACGGUACAUCUAUUACAUCCCGAAUCCCAGUGUCAUCAACUCCUGGCUCUCCGAAAUUGCCAAGGAAAAGAAGCUUGAUGACGACGGCGAUUCCAGCGACGAUGAUGAUACCAACUCUAAUUCCGGAUAUCAUGGGAUUUAUUACGUCAAAUCUUCCAACGAGCAUGAAUCAUGUAUUACAUUCUACGACGAGGGACACAGACCUCCUCCCCCAUUGCGCAUGAAGAAAUCCAAGGAAAUUGUGAAUACUUUGGUAGGAAAUAAUGCCAACGAAACAACAACAGAUCCCGUUUUCGAUAUCAACGACAAUGAAUCCGGCGGGGCCGUUGAGAAUGAGGAAUUAGUUGAAAAGCUGGGCAAAUUGGAGGACGGGAUUGCACGUAAGAUUAAGGUUAUGGAAGAUGGAUUCACGGGGAGACUCGAAAACUUGGAGAAAAACAUUAAAUUGCUCUUGUCUCUAAUGAACAAUCGAUGA